AUGCCCUCACGGAAAUCAUAUGGGAAAUCCCACCACGGCUGCUUGCAAUGCAAGCAGCGCCGGAUCAAGUGCGACGAGACUCGCCCCCAUUGCGGAUCUUGCCGGAAAAAGCACAUCUCCUGCACGUUCGAAAGUUAUCAUCCACAGGACUUUCGCCCUUGGGGUUUCUCCGCAGCAGACCCAGGACGAAGCACAAGCAGCACAUCCAGCCUAGCUCUGGGCGAUCUCGAACUCUUAAAUCAUUGGCACACGGCAGUUGCUUCAUCACUAGCACAGAACGAGGCACUAGUCGAUGUCUUCCAGACGCAUGUUCCCCACAAGGGGAUCAGCUACCCGUUUCUCAUGCACGGGAUCCUUGCAAUUUCAGCAUUACAUAUAUCUCGGGAAAUGUCAGAUUCUCGCUGCCAAAAAUAUGCAACAAUGGCAAUACAACAUCACACCCUCUCAUUAUCUUUGUCUGCGCUGAAUUUGAGUCAUAUAACGCCAGCGAACUGCCAUGCCCUUUUCGCAUGCUCUCUUCUCAUUGCUAGUUUCUCAUUUGGGUAUCGGGGGUCAGACACCCCAAGAUCCAUGACCAUGGGCGAAGUGAUAAGUACUUUACAGUUGCUCCGCGGGUCUGCUUCAAUUGCAGAGACAGCCAGACCGUGGAUAGAGCGGGGUGAUCUCAAACCCUUGUUGAAAUUCACCCGGGGUGCACACCAAAGCCAAACGUCGCAAGUCAAUGAAAUUCAUACUCGAUUAAAAGCACUGCUGGGACUACAGGCCAACGCCUGGCUGUUCAAAUGCCAGCGUAAGCCGGUAGUGCAAAAGUCGAUCCAAAAGCUCAUGGAUGUUGUUGAUUCAUAUGUCGCCACCGAGAACCCGAGAACAAUCCUCGCCUGGCCUACUAUGAUUGAGGCUGAAUAUCUGGAUCUCGUGCUAGAAAAGGAACCAAUGUCGUUAGUCACGCUUGCUCACUACGGGGCACUUUUGCAUCUCAUGACCAAGGCUUGGUGGAUGAAAGGCUGGGGGGAGACUAUGGUUAACCUGGCUAAAGGGUGCUUAGACAUGUCCCUACAAUCCGCAAUUGCCUGGCCUCUAGCUGUGAUCAACAAUUCAGGUGCAGGAGAAUAG